AUGCAAACUACACGUAUAUUUAUUAUAUUAUGCCUUAUUGGUACUCUUUUAACCUGUGUUCUAUCAGAUAUGAAUAUGGCUAAUAAUGAUGAUAAUGAUUUCGAUUUAAUCGAUGGAAAUCAUGCAAUAGCAAAACGAUUUUUAAUGCAUACAUCACAUCAUCAUGAUCCAAUGCGUCAUGAUCCAAUGCAUCAAAAGCAAUGUGUUCGAUGUAAAUUUAGCCUUGCUCGUUGUUGUUUACCAAAUAUUUGUGUUAAACGACGUCUUCGUACAGAUAAAUGUCUUCGUGUUAAAGGUUAA